AUGCAAUUCUUCACUCGCUUCCUGGCCCUUGCGGCGACAGCAGUGCCGUUCAUCGCACAAGCCGCUCCUCUUGCUCCACGUGCAGCAGAAUUGAUUCCCGGAAAGUACAUUAUACAAUUGAAGCCUGGUACCGACAUCGCCUCGAUCGCUGCUCACCACAACAAAGUGCGUGAGAUCCACGCUCGCAACCUUGCUCGACGUGACGAUGCCGAAGUCAGCGCGGGCAUUGAGCGCCAGUACGAUAUCGGUGACUUCAAGGGCUACGCUGGGUCUUUCGAUGCUGCGACCAUCGAAGAGCUGAAGGCUCUACCCGAAGUCCUAGUUGUCGAACAAGAUUUUGUCAUGUACCUAGCCCAGGAUACCGCGGCACCCAAAGCAGCUGUGACACAGAACAAUGCUCCAUGGGGUCUUGCCAGCAUCUCAUCCAGAACGCGUGGGGCCACGGACUACAUCUAUGACUCCUCUGCCGGUCAAGGCACGUUCUCGUAUAUUGUCGACACAGGUAUUCGCACCACCCACGUCGAGUUCGAGGGCCGAGCAGUCUGGGGCUUCAACGCGGUCAACAACAUCAACACCGAUAACAACGGCCAUGGGACUCAUGUUUCUGGAACCAUUGGCAGUAAAACAUACGGCGUGGCAAAGAAGACCACCCUCGUAGGAGUCAAGGUCUUCGAAGGCAACUCUGGAACUGCUUCCGCGGUGAUUGCAGGCUUCGAAUGGGCUACAAACGACAUUGUCCAGAAAGGUCGCGAAACCACAGCGGUCAUCAACAUGUCUCUUGGUGGGCCGGCCUCAACCACCUGGGAUGCUGCCAUCACGGCAUCGUAUAACAAAGGCGUUCUAUCCGUAGUCGCUGCGGGUAACGAAAACAGACUCGCAUCUCUGGUAUCACCUGCCCGCUCUCCGGAGGUCCUGGCCGUUGGCAAUGUUCAGCCAAAUGACGUUCGCUACCAAGGCACAACAGGCUCAAAUUACGGACCGGUUGUUGACAUCUGGGCCGCUGGUACUGGUGUUCUCUCCACAUAUGGCACCUCGGAUUCCGCAACGGCGAGCUUGUCGGGUACCUCUAUGGCUUCCCCACAUGUGGCCGGUCUGGUGUCCUAUCUCCGUGGUCUCGAGGGAGCUUCCUCUGCGAAGGCCAUCAGGGCCAGAGUUAUCGCGCUGGCUACUCCUGACCGUGUUAGUGACACAAAGGGUGCCGCCAAUCUCCUGGCCUUUAAUGGCGCCAGCCAGUAG